CGUCAUGAAUAACUUAAACUCCUACAGUACGCCCAUGGGAACUGUGCGGAAAUGUGAGCUUAGGGUGGAUUGUUUGGCAACCCAGGCACUUCCCUCUCUUCAGCUACUACGCCUGCUACGCUAGUAGUAGCAACAGGCAUGCUACUGUUAAAUUGCAGAACUGAACAUUAAGUAGGUUUAUAGUUGUUGCUUUUUUCUCUGUUAUCAUGGGUGACUCGGACGUGGCCGGGGCCUUGACUCGCAGGAGAAGGGCGACUUUUGCGGCGGGGAGAGGCGCGAGUCUGCUGCCGAUGAACGGGAGGUCUGCGGCGGUGCGUCAGAGCUCAGUGACCGCUGACAUUAGCACAGUCAGUGGUCAGGGACAACGUGACGGUUCACUAUCAAAGAGUGACAAAAAGAAACGCAAGAAUGACAUAAGUGACGGACUCUGCUGCCAUAAGACACAGGAGUCCCUUCUGAGUUCAGCCAGUGGUUACAAUAACUACAGAGGAAUCCUUAACUGGUGUGUGAUCAUGCUGGUGCUGAGUAAUGCUCGCCUCUUCUUAGAAAACUUGCUGAGGUACGGCAUUCUUGUGGACCCUAUUCAGGUGAUUUCCUUGUUUCUGAAUGAUCCCUACAGCUGGCCAGCAGCAUGCCUGGUGAUUGUGUCCAAUGUGUUCAUUCUGUUGGCUCUCUACACAGAAAGGCAGCUGUCGAAGGGUUCAUUCAGUGAACUUCUUGGAUUUCUGGUCCAUUGCAUUUACCUGACAAUCAUGCUAACAUUCCCUGCUGCUAUGGUCCUAUUGGUCCCCUCCAUGACCCCAGUUGGAGGUGCGUUCGUUCUUGGUUCUUACACCAUCCUCUUCCUAAAGCUGUACUCCUAUAAGGAUGUCAACAUGUGGUGCAGAGAGCUGAGUGCUGCCAAGGCCAAGAAACUGGCCAGGUCGCUGUCUUGUCCCUCAGCACAGCACUUAAAUGGAGGUGACCAAAAAGUGUGUUACCCUGGGAACCUCACCAUCAGAGACAUGUACUACUUUGUCUUUGCUCCAACUCUGUGCUACGAGCUCAACUUCCCUCGCUCUACUAAGAUUCGCAUGGGUUUCCUGCUGAGGAGACUGUUUGAGAUGCUGUUCUUCACCCAGAUGUUAGUUGGUCUCACUCAACAGUGGAUGAUUCCCAUCAUUCAGAGUUCCAUGAAACCACUAGAGGACAUGGAUCUGUCCAGGAUGACGGAGAGACUUCUAAGAUUAGCUGUCCCUAAUCACUUGCUGUGGCUGAUGUUUUUCUACUGGUUCUUCCACUCGUCUAUGAACUUCUCCGCUGAGCUUCUCCGCUUUGGAGACAGACAGUUCUACAAAGACUGGUGGAACUCUGAGUCGGUGACAUAUUUCUGGCAGAACUGGAACAUUCCUGUACACAAGUGGUGUCUGCGCCACUUUUACAAGCCACUUCUUAGGAAAGGAUUUAGUAAAAUAGUCAGCCAAUCAGCUGUCUUCUUCUUGUCAGCUUUCUUCCAUGAGUACUUGGUGAGUAUCCCUCUCAGGAUGUUCAGACUUUGGGCCUUCAUGGGCAUGAUGGCACAGCUUCCAUUAGCGUGGUUUGUUGGCCGCUUCCUGCGUGGUAUCUACAGCAACGCUGCGGUGUGGAUCUCAAUCAUCAUUGGUCAGCCAUUCGCUGUCUUGAUGUACGUCCAUGACUAUUACGUCCUAAACUACAGACAAGAGGCUGACUGAUAUGCGUAUGCGCACACACACACACACACACACACAUACCAUCUUUAUCUCACUCUUUCUAGCUGUCUCUCUGGUAUGCACAAACAAAAACAUCAGCACCCAGUGGAGGUAACAGAUAUGUCAGGAUGAACUGAUCACAUUCUGAUCAUGUUUACAUUAGACAUCUUGGCCAUUCUAUCUUUGGGGAUGGUAAGAAUAGCUAACAGGGAAAAUAGUUUUUAUAUUUAAAGUAGAAAUUGUAGAAAAAUGUUGAAUCUUGAAAUACUACUUUAAGGAGAAAGGCUUCGAUGUAUAAAGUGAUAAACUCAUGCAGCAUCUUGCUCAGGUGAUUUUUCUUCCGGUGUCUUUUUAAAACCUCUGACGGCCAGUUGGGGCUGAAAUGUUUGCAGAAUGGAUAAACUAAUAUAUGUGGUACUGCAAAGACCCUUCCUUUGUUUUAUCUUAUAGGGUUUUGCUCCUCUUCAGCUCUGUGCAACAGUAUGAUGACUGUGGCUGAAUUUGAUCAAGUGCCUUUUGUAAAAGUUAUUACAGUGAUUUAAUCCAAUGGGUUUCCUUGUUCCCUUUUUGUGAGCCAAAGGCACCUUAAUCUGUCUAUAGUAAUGUGUGCUGGUAGGAUUUUUUAAUGUACGAUUUUUGUUUUUCUACGAUGUUUUAUUUUGUCAUUUAUUAAAAAGGUGCCGUUACAGUAAUACAUCACUUAUCCAAUCACUCACUUUGUGAAAAAUAAAUUUUUUGUCAUGCUACUAUCUCAUUAGACUGCUGCCCAGUAGUAAUGUCUAAUCAUGUGUCUAAAUACAAUGUAUGUUUCUGAAAAUAAACAUUCAGAGUACAGUUUUCA